AUGACGUCUCUGUAUAAUCAAGCACCUUCUGUAUCAGCAGUAUUCUCCCUCUACACAUCAUUUUCCGCAAUCAUGAUGCUUUUCCGCACAAUCUUCAACGACAUUGUGCCUAAGCGAAUCCAAGACUACAUCACUGGUAAAGUCGUAGACUUCUUCUUCUCUUCUUACCUCCCGACCAGGUUCACUUUCGUGAUCGAGAAAGAGUGGGACGACUCAGUCGAGAACGCAACUUUCCGUGCGGCCGAAGUUUACUUACCAACGCUUCUAUCAAGACUCUCCACCGGAAAACUCCUCGUGGGUUCGAGUAACCUAAAGAAUCCAGAGGCUCACACGAAGCUAGGGAUCCCUAUAGACACCGGAAUCACCGACGAGUUUGAAGGGAUUCACCUUGAGUGGACUCUACACUCUGUUGAAACUCCGAACGUUCCCAACGUGAAACGGUUCUUUCACCUGACAUGUGAGAAGGAGUUUCGUAAGAAGAUAAUGGAAGAAUACUUCACAUACUUGACGAAAUCUGCAGACAGUAUACUGCGCCAACGCGAGUGUCUCAAGAUCUACACUUACGACAGGCAACAACAUUCUUCCUGCUGGUUGUCCACCGUUUUCGAGCACCACACGACCUUCGAGACCCUAGCCAUUGAGCCGCAACUCAAGACCACUGUGAUCGACGAUCUUGAUGCUUUCUCUAAAGGAAAAGGCUUCUUCAAAAGCGUGGGACGCGCCUGGAAGCGUGGAUACCUUCUUUACGGUCCACCCGGUACUGGAAAAUCCUCUAUGGUGGCUGCGAUUGCUAACUACAUGAAGUACGAUAUCUAUGAUCUCCAGCUUCAAAGCGUUAGAGAUGAUAGUGAGUUGCGGAGGAUUCUCACCUCCAUUGCUAACAGGUCGAUUCUUCUCAUUGAAGACAUUGAUUGCGGAUCAAGGAAACGCCAGACCAAGGAAACAAAAGAAGAGAGGGUGUCUUUGUCUGGUCUGUUGAACUUAGUAGACGGGCUUUGGUCGAGCUGCGGAGAAGAGAGAAUCAUAAUUUUCACAACCAACCACAAGGAGAAGCUGGAUCCAUCGUUGCUGAGGCCAGGAAGAAUGGACAUUCACAUUCUCAUGGACUAUUGCACACCCUUUGUGUUCAAGAAGCUUGUCGCUUUGUACCUCAAGAUUGAUGACCAUAUCCUGUUUGAUCCCAUUGAGAAGCUCGUCCUUAAGGUGAGUGUAACUCCGGCUGAAGUCGCACAUCAACUCAUGGUGACUAAGAAUGCUGAUAUUGCACUCAAAAGUCUCCUCGAUUUAUUGGAAACCAAGACAGUGAAAGAGGAAGAAGAUACCAAAGAGAUUGAAGAUGGUGAUGAUACUAGGAAGCUGAACCAGAUGAAGAAAGAUAAGUAGAUAUCUAGUGCCGUUGAUUGUGUAUUGAAGACUACCUUAGUAUUUCA